AUGGGGCCCCCAAUGAGUCAUCUGCUGGCUGGCCUGUGUGUGUGGGUGGCCUUGGGCUGGGUGGAGGGCUCAGGCCCCUACCUGGGCCCUGCUGAGCAGGAACAGAACCAUUACCUGGCCCAGCUGUUUGGUCUCUAUGGGGAGAACGGGACGCUGACCGCAGGGGGCCUAGCCAGGCUCCUCCACAGCCUGGGACUAGGCCGAGUUCAGGCCCUUCGCCUGGGACACCACGGGCCUCCUGCUGGUCGGGGUGCACCCCCAGCUGGAGACAAUUCCACACACAGGACGCAGGACCCCGAGCUGAGUGUGAAUGUCUGGGCAGGGUUGCCUCUGGACCCCCCGGGGUGGGGUGACCUGGCGGGGACAAAGGCCCCAGGACCGCCCCAUGGGCCAGGCCCCUCGGGCUUGGGCCUCUUUCACAGGCUUCUGCUGUUGGACCACCCCCUGGCUGACCACCUGAACGAGGACUGUCUGAAUGGCUCCCAGCUGCUGGUCAAUUUUGGCUUGAGCCCUGCUGCCGCUCUCACGCCUCGUCAGUUCGCUCUGCUGUGUCCAGCCCUGCUUUAUCAGAUUGACAGUCGUGUCUGCAUCCAGGCCCCAGCUCCAAGCCCCCCAGGGGAUCUACUAUCUGCCCUGGCUCAGAGCGCCCUGGCGGUCCUGCUGCUCAGCCUGCCCGCGCCGCUCUCGCUGCUGGUGCUGCGGCUCCUGGGGCCUCGUCUGCUGCGGCCCCUGCUGGGCUUCCUGGGGGCCGUGGCCGUGGGCACCCUCUGUGGGGAUGCGCUGCUGCACCUGCUGCCGCACGCCCAAGGCGGGCGGCACGCUGCAGCCGGCGGGCGGCCGGAGGAGGACCUGGGCCCGGGGCUGUCAGUGCUCGGAGGUCUCUUCCUGCUCUUCCUCCUGGAGAACGCGCUGGGGCUCUUGCGGCGGCGAGGGCGCAAGCCAAGAUGCUGCAGGCGGAAAAGAGAGGACCUCAGGACUCCAAGCCUGGACCUGGAGGAUGGCAGUGGGAUGGCCCUUCAGCCCCGGCCGGCAGCUCCAGAGCCAGGGGCUCAGAGCCCGAGGGAGCAGGACGGCCAGCCCCCAGCAGCCCCAGCCCCUCCUGGGCACGAAGGCCACAGUCACGGGUGCCAGGGUGGUGGUGGCACCAACAUCACGUGGAUGGUCCUCCUGGGAGACGGUCUGCACAACCUCACUGACGGGCUGGCCAUCGGGGCUGCCUUCUCUGACGGCUUCUCCAGCGGUCUCAGCACCACCGUAGCGGUCUUCUGCCACGAGCUGCCUCACGAACUGGGUGACUUCGCCAUGCUGCUCCAGGCCGGCCUGCCCCUGCGGCAGCUGCUCCUGCUAAGCCUGGUGUCCGGAGUCCUGGGGCUGGGGGGCGCGGCCCUGGGCGUGGGGCUCAGUCUGGGGCCUGUGCCCCUCACUCCCUGGGUGUUCGGGGUCACGGCCGGGGUCUUCCUCUAUGUGGCCCUCGUGGACAUGCUCCCAGCCCUGCUCCGUCCUCCCGAGCCUCUGCCCCGGCUCCACGCGCUGCUGCAGGGGCUGGGGCUGCUGCUGGGGGGCGCGCUCAUGCUCGCCAUAGCCCUGCUGGAGGGGCAGCUGUGGCCCCUUGUCUCUGACGACUGA